GUAACAUUUGACAGAAAAAAAAAUUAUGAAAAAACUUGGAAAUAUUGACUGAGUUGCCUUAUUAUGACUUUUUCUUAACCAAAUAUUCAAGAUUUCUCUAGUCUUGUCCCUUUCCGUAUAUAAAUGAAGGAUUAUUGGCAAGUGCAACCAGUUGGAAUUUACAUAAGGAAUUAGCCUUUUGUUUCAUUAAAGAGAGAAAAGAAAGAAGAUCUAGCGAGAGCUGCCCUCUACCAUGGAUGGUUUGCAAAGAUCGGCAGUGUCUUUUAGGAGGCAAGGAUCUUCAGGUCUUGUUUGGGAUGACAGGUUUUUGUCAGAGGAGUUAAACCAAGUGAAACAAGAACAAGAAGAAGGAGAAACGAAGCAAGAUGACCAAGGGCAGCCGCAAGAGAAUAACCCAGAAAAAUUUGAUGUUAUCAAGGAUGUUAAGCCGACAAGAAACGUUGCUCCAACUCCAAUCAAUACCAUCGAAAGAAGCCAAUCCAAUGGUGAAAGACGAGGUUACCGUACUGGUAAGGUGUCCCCUGCUAUUGACCCGCCUUCUCCGAAGGUUUCAGCUUGUGGUUUAUGCAGUGCUUUUGGGAAACAUACCAAGAAUCAUAGGAAAAAGCCUGGUAAGCGUAGAUCAAGAUGAUAUGUUUUUGUCUUCAAGUUCAAGUCCAUCUCAAUGAACUGAGAUGUGGGAUUUUUAGAAAGAAACAAAACGGCUUAUGGAUGUCUUUUCUUUAGGUGUUUAAAGCUUUGAUCUUUUUUUUUUUAUUUUUUUAAUUCUGUUAAUGUUUCUUGUUUCGGUUUCAUUCAGAAUUUUGUGGUUUGGGUGGAUAUAUGUAAUUAAAAUAAUCUGUAAAUGUUUUAA